GUUAUGUGUUUGGUGGGGACCGCGUGAGGAGCAACAUCUUUCGGGUUGUGUGGAUAUUGUUGCAGCUUUUCCUCCAGGUCGAAAUGGGAGGUUUACAUUACGUCUGUGUUCUGGCUUGCACUUUUUUCGUUUCUCAAGCAAAUGGACUCAAAACUUACCGGGACAUGUUCCCUCAUAAGCAUUCGGUAUCGAUGAAGUUUCCACCUAUCCCCGGUUGGAUCCCAGACAGUAACCCGUGGGAUGACUAUCUUUACCCACCCUUCGGUCCCAAGGAACUAACGCGGAGGAAGGGUAAGACCGUCAAAGUGCGCCUGACCAGUGACAGUCCUGCGAUCAUUGGCUCGAUGGUGUCAUUUACGGCCAAGCUAGAGUACCCACCGUGUCAGAAGGAGGACGCCAAUUGGGAGCUUGUGUGGGAUGAGCAUUGUCCAGAUGGUAUGGAGCUGGAGGCCUCAGCUAAUGGUCAGCUGAAGCCUGGCUAUGUGUUUAACUGGACCUCCUGGCUGGAUGACUAUGGCUUUGGAAAGUGUACUGACCUGAAGAGAUGUAACGUCUUCCCAGACGGGAAACCCUUCCCUCAGAGCAACGACUGGAGACACAAGGGCUAUGUCUACAUAUGGCACUCUAUGGGUCAGUACUCUGAGACGUGUGAUGGCUCCUCCUCCACCCUGACAGUGAACACCAGUGACAUCACUCUGGGGGCGGAGCUGAUGGAGGUCAUGGUGUACAGGAAACGUGAGCGCAGGAAGUACAGCCCCCUGGCCACCGACAAGACCGUCUUCUUCGUCACAGACAAGAUCCCCGUGGCGGUGAAUAUUUCCCAGAAGGCAGCAGCCAACCUGUCAGAGAGCGUGUUUGUGCGUGGCGAGGACGUGGUGUUCAGUGUGUCGGUUCACGACCCCAGUAACUACCUGAAGACUGCCGACGCCGUCGACUACAUCUGGGACUUCAAGGACGGCAACCAGCUGGUCACCCAUAGCAACGUGGCCACACACACCUACAGCGCGGUCGGCGAAGUCAACGUGAAGCUGACGGUGGAGGCGGCUUUCAAGAUCCCGUGCCCCCCGCCCACACCGAUGAGCGUUACCUCGCAGCAGACUACAGUGUCAGUCACCACUGCCGGACCCACCUCCAAGGGCUCCAACACACCUGUUCCCGGGACAACGGGCUUCCCGACGACAGAGCCCCUCCCCCCGACGGUGGCUGAUGUGACCCAGGGGUUCAACCCGACCUUGCUGCUGCCAGCUGUCCCCACACCCAUGGCCCAGCUCCAUCACAGACACCUGGCGGCCACCGACUGCUUCCGCUACCUCUACGGAACUUUCCAGACCGACAUCACUGUCAUUGAGCACCUAAUCAACAGCCAGCCAGCCAAUCGGAUCGUGGACGUAUCUGCUGCCAAGGUGACCAACACUGACAUCAGCUUCCUGGUCAAGUGCCUGGGCAGCACUCCCACCUCAGCCUGCACCAUCGUGUCGGACCCCUCCUGCCGCCAGGUGAGGAACAUCGUGUGUGACGACGUGCCCCCGUCUUCGGGGUGCGAGGUGCACCUGCGGAGGACCUUCCUGGAGCCGGGGACCUACUGUGUCAACAUCACCCUGGAGGACGCCAGCAGUCUGGCCCUCGCCACCACCACCAUCACCAUCAGCAACACUGACCCUGACACACCCGUGUCUAAAGCUCCUCAUGCUGCAGAGGUUGUCCUCUCCUCCAGUGCUAUCCUGGUAGCCAUCUUUACCUUCAUCGCCUUCAUAGUCUACAAGCGCUAUAAGGUCUACAGCCCUGUGAGGAGGUCCCUGGUGGAGGAUGCCAGCGGCCAUGUUGAGGUCAGAGGUCGUAUGGGCCGGCUGAGGGAGGUCAUAUUCCCCGCCAACGAGGAGAGUCGCCGCCUGCUGACGGACAGAUGCCCCCUGUAGACCCUCGACGGUACUACAGAAGGGAAGCAAAGAGAAAUAUAAUUAAUAGAGCUUAUUCAAUAUCCUUUCCUAACUGACAGACUAGUGUAUCUGUUCUACACCAUACAUUUCUAUCUGAAUGUUCUGUAACGUUAUAUAAUCCUGAGCAGGCCACAGGGUUUUUACUCAGAGUUUCUUUAGUACCAAAUUAUACGUUUAGCACAUUUAUAUAAAUGCAUCACAAAGAUGAUAUCUAUACCAAUAACCAAGAUAACUUCCUCACAUUUUAGUGUGUGUCUAGGUAAGAUAGCAAGAGGUACAUUUCACCUGUGCUGAAAAAUAUGAAAAUACUAAUAGCUUUUCUGUUUAGUUCACUUUGUAGUAGAAAAGCACAAGUGUGUGGUAAAUGGCAAGAAUUAAGAGAAGUUUGCAAUAAAGCUCAACGUUUUGAAUUUGGGGCGGGCAAUGUUUGAGGCAGCGCUGGGGUGUAUUCAUUCCGCCGAUUCUGUUGCAAAACAUUUAUUAAACGGAACGAAAUGGGACCUACCUGAAUUUGUCCAAUAGAAACUAGUUUUGCUCUGUUUGCUUCCAUUUGGUUCUUAAACUGUAAACAGUAUCUGUAAUGAAUACACCCCUGGUGUGAGUGUGAUAGUAAGGCCCUGUCACAUUUCAAUCCCUAGCUUCUUCCCCAAGUCUUUUCAGAUCUGUCAACUCCAAAGGGAAAUGGGGUUAGGAAGUCGAAUGGAACUGGGCCAAAAGUUGUAUUUCAACUGCUUUGACGGAUAUUCUGUGUGAAUUAUUUUGUCAUUCAAAUUUAGUAAAUAUAUUUAUGCGGUCUUUCUCAAGCCUAACAAUGGGUUACUUUUAGAAAAUGUUAAAACAUUAGAUUUAUCAACUUUAAAUACAAGUUGAUUUAUCAGUGUUUAACUGUACAUCGCUGCCCAUUCUCUGUAAUGUGCAUGUCAUUUACAUUUGUUGCACGAAUGUACAGAAGUUUAGUUAUUUAGUUACUGAAAAGCCAUUGUUUCAAACCAAUCUAAAAAUGUCAUUUUGUUCUGGAAACCAAUCUAAAAAUGUCAUUUUGUUCUGGAAAGAUUAAA